CUCUCUAUCGGCACCUCAUCUCACUCCCACACUGCCACUCAGCUCCUACACUUGAGCCACUUCACUGCAUCUAACUAGCGCGCAUCCUUCAGACAUCCCACCGAUCCCUCUCCUGACGAUGUCGACGGUUACCCGCGCCUACCUCGACCAGAGGCUCGCCGUCGCCAAGCGCUGCUCCAGAGACGCUGCCAUGGCGGGAGCCAAGGCGGCGGCGGUCGCCACCGUCGCAGCCGCAGUCCCCACGCUGGCAAGCGUGAUGAUGCUGCCGUGGGCGAGGGCGCACCUCAACCCCACCGGCCAGGCGCUCAUCAUCUCCACCGUCGCCGGGAUGGCAUACUUCAUCGUGGCCGACAAGACCAUCCUGUCCAUGGCCAGGAAGCACUCGUUCGAGGGUGCGGCGGACCACCUCAAGAACACCUCCUUCCACUAAUUAGGCACUUGCUUCGUAGUUAAUUAGUGCGCAAUAAACUGUACGACGUUCCCGUACGUGUCUGCUGAAAAGCUAGUACUUAUAAUAUUCAGCACUUAUCUCAUAACUAGGACAAUUGCCUGUGCGUUGCUACGGGUAACAAAAUAUUUGAAUUUUG